UCAAACACAUAUGCAUCAGUUAAUCAACAAGUUUCAUUAAAAAACAUUUAAUUCCUUCUUUUGAGCCAAAACUGUAAAAAUGAUCGCAACUCUCUUCGUUGUCUUUGCUUUUGCUUCUUCAGCUCUUGGUUUUUGCCCAUCAACUCCAGUUAUUCCUGCGGCUGAUAUUGGUGCAAUUUCAGGUCGAUGGUUAGCAACUCUUGGUGAUUCUCCACAAAAUUUAACAGACAUUACAAUGGAUUUCACUCCUCGAGUGGAUGGAAACUUCAAUCUUACAAUUAGUGGCACUCAUCCUGAUGGCUCAAAGAAAAGUGAACAUUGGUUAGCUGAACGUACUAGAUAUCAGCGACAACUCAAUAUCUACGAUUUUUCAAAAAAAAAUCCAUACAGAGUUAACUUCAAUGUAAUGUUAACUGAUAAUUAUGUCAACUACUUCAGUGGUUAUUUCUGUUUGAUUCUUCCUACUCGCUCCUUCUCCGCAUACGGUGGAAACUUCUCUAGGACUGACCCCAUGAAUGCUGACUGAUUUGCUUGUUGAUAAAUUUGGCGCUUCCAGCGAUAGAGUUGGACCAAUAAUCCAUUAAGAUCAAAUAUUGGCUAGCUUCUCACGAGAAAAGUACCGAAAGUCAUUCGAAUAUUUUUAAAAUUUUAUCAUACAACAAUUAGGUUUUAUGACUGUUUAAUCUUCUCGAAAUCCUUCGGGUAGCAAAUUAAAGAUUCACGAGAAAAACCGAA